GCGGUUCUUCCACGCCGCCCAGGCACCCAGACUUCUGUACAUAGCUCCGCCCGCUACACAUACGCUCGCGCUCCCAUACGCUAUCCUCACCUUCGCAAACCCACACACCCGCCGCCAUGAGCAUGAAGUGCCUGUACAUGGGCGUCUGGCGCCCCAACGAUGGCGGAGAGCCCGUCGAGCUGGCCCACCAGCGCGAGCUGAGCAGCUUCAACCGAUUCACCCGCGGCAGCAUCCAAGAGUUCCUAAACCUCUUCGUCGCAACCGCAGCCAAGAAGACGCCGCCAGGCAAGCGCGUCGCCAUAGAAGAGGACAAGAUCCCCGACUACCUCAUCCACACAUACAACAACUCGCGCGGACUCUGUGGCGUCGUCGUGACCAACAAGGAAUACCCCGACUUCGUCGUAACCGGCGUGCUCAAGAAGCUCACCGACGAGUUCUCCACCAAGCACGCCGCGUCGGCCAUCUCGUCUGCCACCGCGAACUCGCUGCCCUACCCCGAGCUCAAGGACUACAUCACGCAGUACCAGAACCCGCAGGAGGCGGACAAGAUCCUCAAGAUCCAGCACGAGCUCGACACCACGAAGCAGGUGCUGCACCAGACCAUGGAGAGCAUGUUGGAGAGGGGUGAGAAGAUGGAUCAGUUGGUGGCCAAGAGCAAUGAUUUGAGCGCGAGUAGUAAGAUGUUUUAUACGCAGGCGAAGAAGCAGAAUUCGUGCUGCAGCGUCAUGUGAAUAUUGGAUGAAGAGGAGAGGACGGGGGCUGCAUGCAUGGUGCGUGGCUUUGCUUGACUUGGCUGUUUGGCGUUACGGGGUCUUGUCUGGCAGAGAGAGAGAGAGAGAGAGAGAGAGAGAGAGAGAGAGAGAGUCAUG